AUGAGCAUUUCCAUUCUCUUCGCCGGCCGUAACAAUCUCUUGAUCGCCCUCACCGGAUGGAGCCAGACGACGUUCCUGACGCUCCAUCGGUGGACCGCACGGGUGGCAACCGUGCAGGCCGUCGUGCACUCCAUCGCUUAUACGCUGGCUUACUUUGAGCCCGGAUAUGAGGGCGCGUCAGCGUAUGCUGCCAAAGCAGCAGAGCCAUUCUACUGGUGGGGCAUCAUCGCAACCAUCGCCCUCAGCCUGGCCGUCGCCUUCGCCGUCCUCCCGCUCCGCGUCUGUGUCUACGAGUCCUUUCUGAUCCUGCACAUCGCCCUCGUCAUCCUCGCCCUCGUCGGGUGCUGGUACCACCUCGUCCCGCACUUUGGGUUCGAGUACGGCUACCAGGUCUGGCUGUACAUCUGCUUCGCCUUCUGGUCCGCCGACCGCCUGGCCCGCAUCCUGCGCAUCGCGUAUUACAACCGCCCCGGGGGGUCUAGGGCCCUCGUGCAGGCCGUCCCCGGCUGCGACGCCAUCAUGCAGGUCACCGUCUUUCCGCGCGUGGCGUGGGGGUUCGGGCCUGCACAGCACAGCUUCCUGUACCUCCCGCGGCUGGGCUGGUUCAAGUUCUGGGAGAGCCACCCGUUCAGCGUCGCCGGCGGCAUCACCUCUGCUCUCCAACGCCGGCUGCAAUCUUCCCCUUCGGGAACACUGGAACUAUCAGUGUACACCGAGGGCCCCUACGCGGGCCACCGGGCCACCCUGAACCCGCUCUUCACCGCCGACACGGUGCUGUGCAUCGCGGGGUUUAUCGGGAUCACCCACGUCCUCGGGGUCGUGCAGGCGUACCAGUCCCAGGUGGCGGGCGGGGGAAAGGCCGGAGAGGAAGAUGACAAAACAGCGAGCCGCAGCGCCAUGCGGGCGAAGAGGUUCGUUCUCGCGUGGUCUGCGCGGGAGUGGGCGCUCCUCGAGCACGUCCAGAGGGAGUUUCUUAACCAAGCCGCGGGUGACGGCGUCGAGUGUCUGUUUUAG